UGCGCCGCAGUCAAUCAGCUGUUGAGGCAACUGCUGACUACCUCGGCACAAGAGUAGCUCGUUUGUCAUAUCUAAACCCAGACGAGGCACAAACAGAAAUAUCUUUAUUUACAGAGUUCCCAAAAGGUGAACGAUAAAGCUCAGCAAACCAUGCAGGAUGAUUUACUGAUGGACAAAAACAAAGCCCAACCUCAUCACCAACAAGAUCCGACGCAAGUAGACCCUCCUCCCUCCACGCCGACCCCGUCAUCGGAGCCCACUUCUUCUUCAUCCGAGUCGGAGAGCCCGUCGACCGGGAGCAACCAAGCGGCUUCAGCGCUGAACAGCAGCAGCAAGGACAAAGUGCCGAUGGAGUCGCCGAUCCUGCCCGGGUUGAGCUUCCACCAUCAGCCGCAGGAGACCGGCGGCCCCCUGUCCUCCCCUUCCUCUUCGUUUGGAAGCACUUGGUCCACGGGAACCACAAACGCCGUGGACGAUAGCUUUUUCCAGGGAAUACCCUCCGUGAACGGGACGAUGCUUUUCCAGAACUUCCCCCACCACGUCAACCCGGUGUUCGGGGAUUUCUCCCCGCAGAUCGGUCUGGCUCCACAGUCCCAGCAGCAGCAUCAACAACAGCAGCAGCCUCAGCAGCAGCAGCCCCAGCAGAGGAGAUCUCCUGUCAGUCCCAGCCAAGGCCCCUUCCCUCAGAGAAACGCUUAUCAAACCAUAAUGAAUAACAGCAAGGGGUCGUCGUCGUCCUCUUCUGCCUCGUCGUCCGCUUGGAAUAACCACCAAAACGCCGCAUGGAGCACAGCCUCCAACCCCUGGGGCGGGCUGCAGGCAGGCAGGGACCCGCGCAGAGCGGGGCGUCGGGUAGGGGUAGGGGUCGGAGUCGGCGUCGGUGUCCCGUCACCUCUCAACCCGAUCUCCCCCAUGAAAACCUAUACCAGCAACGUUAUAGCACCCCCCAAAUUCCCGAGACCCGGUCCCCUCACCCCCAAGCCCUGGAUGGAGGACAGCGCAUUCAGGACUGACAACAGCAACAACAUACUGCCUUUCCAGGACCGGAAUCGGCCCUUUGAUGCUUUUAGCUUGCACUCUUUGGAGAAUUCCUUAAUGGAUAUGAUAAGGACUGACCAUGACAAAGGACGCAUGGGCCUGAAUUUCCAUCAUCCUGGAGCAGACCACAUAAUGCCAUUGACUACCCGGAGCUAUGGCCGCAGAAGAGGUCGUUCCUGUCUUUUCCCCUUUGAAGAUGGUUUCCUCGACGAUGGCCACGGUGACCCCUCCUUGACUCAGGGCCUGAACUCGCCGACCCGCUGUCAGAACGGAGAGAGGAUGGAGCGUUACUCCAGGAAGGUCUUUGUCGGAGGCCUCCCCCCUGACAUUGACGAAGAUGAAAUUACCAACAGUUUUCGUCGCUACGGGCACCUGGUGGUAGACUGGCCCCACAAAGCUGAGAGCAAAUCCUACUUCCCACCUAAAGGCUACGCUUUCCUGCUGUUCCAGGAAGAGACCUCUGUUCAGGCCCUGAUCGACGCCUGCAUCGAGGAGGACAGCAAGCUUUACCUGUGUGUAUCCAGUCCCACCAUCAAAGACAAACCGGUCCAGAUCCGUCCCUGGAACCUCAGCGACAGUGACUUUGUCAUGGACGGCUCCCAACCUCUGGACCCCCGCAAGACCAUCUUUGUUGGGGGUGUGCCACGGCCCCUGCGUGCAGUGGAGCUGGCUAUGAUCAUGGACCGGCUGUACGGAGGUGUUUGCUACGCUGGCAUCGACACCGACCCCGAGCUCAAAUAUCCAAAGGGAGCCGGCCGUGUGGCCUUCUCCAAUCAGCAGAGCUACAUCGCUGCCAUCAGCGCUCGCUUCGUUCAGCUACAGCACAAUGACAUCGACAAAAGGGUGGAGGUGAAGCCGUACGUCCUGGAUGACCAGAUGUGCGAUGAGUGCCAGGGGGCACGCUGUGGGGGGAAGUUUGCCCCCUUCUUCUGUGCCAACGUCACCUGCCUGCAGUACUACUGCGAGUACUGCUGGGCCAGCAUCCACUCACGUGCCGGCCGAGAGUUUCACAAGCCACUGGUGAAGGAGGGGGGCGACCGCCCUCGACACGUGUCCUUCCGCUGGAGCUGAGGGGAGUGUCAAGCCAGCCCUGCCCUGGUGAACCCACACCCGGCCCCAAAAAAACCUCCUGCAGACCGGGAGAGCGCUGCAACUCCUUCACCCACUCACCGGCCCACCUACUCCACCCUGCUCCCCACAAGCACCUCAUGAAAAAAGCAAAAAGGAUGCCAUCAGAUAAACAAGACUUUCUUCAUACCACGUGGCUCUGAACUCAUUGUCUAAUGUUUCCCUCUGAUGAAGCUUUGUGGGGAAAUGAAAUGCGAAAGUCCAUCGGCUUAAAAUUUGCACUUUGGCACUAAAUCUCACUAAACACACACAGGAUGGUAUGUCUGACACCUGGCUACUUUCUCUUCCCUGUUCUGUUGACUGGGUGGAGUGGUACGUCCCGUUGGACCACCCGCCCCCCUUGCUGAGACAGAGCUGGGACCAUUCAAAUAUUUUUAAAAAGUAUAUAUUUUUUGUUUUGUACCUAUCUAUACAUAUAUAGAUAAUUUAAAUUUUAUGUAAAAGGAGCAUGCACUUAUUUUCAAAAGCUCUAGUUAUAUUGCCCCUAGUAAAAGAUAAUUACCAAAGGCAAAUUAAAUUAACACAUGCAGAAAAGCAAAAUAGGUGGCAUAAGAUGUAGCAAGAUUUAACAACUAUCCAGUAGUGCGGGCCCGUAUCGCCCACGGCUAUAUUCGCUCUCAAUUUUGACUCUGAAAAUAUUAAUACCUCAUAUGCGCAAUCAGAUUAGUUUGCUUUCGAUUUCUAGGUCUUUAUUUUUAUAAUAACAUUAUUUUUUAGUGUUAUGUAAAUGUAAUGCUGCAAUAGCUUUGCUGCUAAAUCCAUGGUAUAGACAGAUACCAUACGUACUUUAUUCAGGCUAGGGUGUACGAUAACAAAUAACAGACAUAGAGAAGCACCUGGUGUUGUUGACGAUGAGCCGUCAUAGGGGAAGGGGGCGCCCCUUGGCAACGAUGGCCGACUCUGUGGGGGUCGGGGUGGGUCACCCCUAACUGCAUGUUUAUUUCAAUCAGGUUGCUGCAUGCAAUAGACUUUUCAAUAUCAUGUCUACUAUCGGAUUCUGCCCAUGUUUGCACAGCACACUAUAGACGUACGUUUGACUCGCACGAAACUGGACAGAAACAGGGAAGAACGGUCAAAGGAAUCAUGGCGCCUCCACGUCGCCGGCUGCACCGUCAGAACAGAGGCGCCCAGGUGACGUGGGGGUUUAAAAAAAAAAAAGAAGAAAAAGAAACAACCUUAAUAAUCUCAACUCAAAUUAAAUGUAGGAUUACCAUUUAAAACUGUCUAUGAUAGGUGAAGUACUUUUUUGCAGUGAUUGUUGAUAUAAUUGUGCAAUUUUUUAUACCGUAUGUAGUUAGGUCUGAGUAUGCCUAGAACUGUGAUUCGCUUUAACUGUCGUUAAUGUCCGACAUAGAAGUCCUGUGAAACUUCAUAACUAGUGUAUUCACACGUAUAUAUGUUCUCUUGUACACACACACACACACACACACACACACACACACACACACACACUUGCACCAGUAUACACGGAAGCCUCUCGACACACGUGAACACACACUCGGACGACUGUCUUUCUAACGCACACAAACAGGCCUACAAACAGAGUCUGAUCUGAGGAGAAGACGCAACAAUGUGAGCUUAAACUGAGAACUGAGGUCUAUUAUUAUUAUUAUUAUUAGUACUAUUAUUAUUAUUACUAUUAUUUGUUCCACCGUUGACUAAAAAAACCGCACGUUUACGUCCCAGAAUGCAACCAAAGAGCUCACGUGUUCGACUUUUACCAGACAGCGAACAGCCAGCGGAGGAGCUGACAGUCGAGCGGUGCAGUCGAUCAGAUGAGGAAAGAGGAAUAGUUAUUUUGUGGGGUUGGGGGUGGUGGGGCUGUAAAAUGAAGCUACUGGAGACUUGAGGUUGAUAAACUGAGCCCUGCACAUGCUCUCACUAGAAACGGGUGGGGAGGGUCGGGGGGUGGGAACAAACGUCGCCACAACAUGCAGAUGUGCAAGCUUGGGGUUACCACGUUUAUUUUUUAUUUUGUUUUUCCUGCAAAGCUUGAAGUAAUGAACCUGCUCAAAGAAAAAAACAUGGUGGAAAUAAAUAGAUAUAUUUUUGUUUUUAAUCAAAAGUGAUUAUGGUGCGCAGUUUAAACAGGAGUGGGUGGGGGUGGGGGUGGGGGGUUGUGGAUGCAAGGAAACCUAAGUAUUGGCUGCUGAGGACAAGGGCGGCUCUGGUUUUGGAAGGAUGGGAGGGCAUGGGAGGGCAUGGGAGGGCAUGGGAGGGCAUGGGAGGGCAUGGGGGCCAAGUUACACUGGUUUUAGCAGUUUUGUGGACAAUCCGAACGGGAUCCUGCAUCAUUGCAAGUCACCCCCUUCCCCACUUUCUUUUCCUUCCGUGAGUUGUGAUUGUCCCGUGCUGGCGUCCCGCAGUCCCUCUCCUCUUUCUUGUUUUAGUCAUAAACUGUUUUUUUCCCUUUCUUUUUGCUUUAGGACAGAUGUUCGUUUCUGGUCUGAGAAGAAGCUAAUUGAAACUAAGCAGAAGAUACUUUUUUACAGAUAGAGGAAAAAAAAAAAAGGCUAACCAUGAGUAAUAACAAUAAGCAUCCCUAUGAAAGUGAAUUCUGGGUGUUUUUGUGACAUUUCUUUCCCCACCCGGACAGGUUUUCUAUGUUUGUUCCUUCUCUAGGAUAGAUAUUUGUUAUGCACUACUCUUUGUAUCUGAACAGUUUUCAACAGUCAGCCGUUCUUUUUGUUAAAAGACAAAAAAAAAGACGACAAAGUGUGCUUUCUGACUGACAAGAUCUUUUGCAAUACCUCAAUUUUGAAAUAUAUUAGGAGAGAAACAGAUAUUUUCUAAGUAAGUUUAUUCAGAUGAAAAAAUAUAUAUAUUAAUUUAAUUCUUCAAGAGAAAUGAUUUAACAGAUGGUUGAUUUUUUUAUUUUUAUCAUGCUUUUUUUUGCUCUUAUUUUAAGAAUUUAUUUUUUUGAAAAGACAACUGAAGGAGCUAGAGCUUUAUAACUAAUAUAAUGACGUAGUUAGUGAGUCUACUUUAUCGCAGUGGAAGCGAGGGUGAGCGUCCCACUGGUCAAAUCGGUCGAAACAUCGCGGAGAGAGAAGAGCUCUUUAAGGAAAUCGGACAUCAGGUGCUCGGAGAGAAAAAACUAAACCUGUUUCCCACCUUUUUGUAUAUUUAUAAUCAAUCAUUUACUAUGCUGACCAGAGUUGUGAAAGAGAUCUUCUGUUCGUUAUUUUUUUAAGAGAAGUUUUUUAUGUUUCCUAAAAGUUUGUGCUCCCUUUUGUUUUGUACAAAAAAAACGAGAAAAAAAAGCAACGCGACCCAGAUCGGUUAGCCUGACGCUGUUGGGGAGGAAAAUGAAGCGAGAGAGUCACUGGACAGCUGGAGGUACAGAAAAGAAUGUUAUUUUUAACACAAAGCAGACACAAGUGUUUUCACCUGUAACUUGACCUGAAAGCCCCCAAGGUGCAUCAAUUGACUGGUGGCCUUCUAUUCACGCAAGACUUGAAUUAGUCCCAUUUUUUUAAGGCUAAACCUUGAUUCUUUGUUGUAAUGUGCAAUACUGUUUGUACUGUUUGUAGAAAAGAAGAAAACAAGAAAAAAGAGGCAUAAAUCUUUAUUGCAGAAUUAUUUUCAUUGCAAGCAUUGUGAUUCACUAAAAUCAUUUUCUACUGUGUAUUUACCUACUCUACCUGCUAGUACCUUCCAGUAGUAAUGUAGCCUUUGUACUGAGAAAUUUUCAUUAUUUUUAGAAAGUUUUGCUAAAAAAGAAAAUAAUUUAAACAUAUUUACAUAUUUUCAUUUUUAUUUCAUAUUUUUCUUUACAGACUUUUUUCCUCAACCAUUAAUAGUAAUUUCUGGGGGAGACUUUCAUAUCUGGUCAAUGUCAUUAAUAUUAUUUUGUAUUUUUACUUGGAAUAAAUUAAUUUUAUGAUGCUAAUCCUUUAAAAGUUUAUUUUUUUCCUUUGUUCACUUUUUUCAUUUUUUUUGAAGCUGAAAAGAAAAAAAAACCUUUGUAAUAUUGUUACUAAAGUGUCUCGUUUCUUGAACUGCUAAGCUUUAUGUGUUAACUCGCUGAUGUUGCUUACAUUAGUGUGAAAAUGAUCUACGAAGAAAAAAAAAUCUCACAGAGAAACAGAUUGGUGGUUGGUGAUGUUUAAAGUGAUUCGCAAUGUAAACAAAUGAAUGGGCAAUAAAAUAAAAAUGGCAGAAUGGAGCAUACAUGCAGUACGUUGUGAUGUAAUUGUGGAAGAUGGACAACAACGCUAGCAAUUUUGCUUCUGCUAUUCCGAUGCUACUAGAUCCACUAACGCUACAAUAACUCAUCCUUACUUCCUCAACUUGUGAACAAUUCAACAGCUUCUCCUACAGAAACAGCCUCAUAGAAACUUUCUUGUUGGUUCAGUCCCUGCAGAGCACACCAGUGUGAUUGUAUUUCUGAAUGUAAAUGUCGAGAUGAGAUGUAUGACCUGUAGAAUAUUAAUUAUCUAUACAAGGCAAUGGUCUAAAAGUUUUUAUCUGAACUAUACACUGAUCAGUCACAACAUUUAAACCAAAUGCCUAAUAGUGUGUAGAUCCUAAACAGUAUCAACUCAUCAGGCUUUAUCUGGCACCAGAUCAUUAGCUCUGAGUCCUGUGGGAGGCCAGUUGUGGUCUAAAUGAGUCCAACUUGAUCCACUGCAUCAUUUUGAUGCUUGAUUGGAUUGAGAUCCAGAGAGUUUGAGACGAUGUUUGGCUCUUUGUCAUGUUCCUCAAGCCAUUCCCGAGCAGUUUUAACUACUAGGGGAAGGCCAAUGGUGCCACGAGGACAUGCAUGAUCUAAAAUAAUGUUAAGGUGGAUGGUAUCGUCCAGCUAACAUCCACAAAAGUGUCAGGACACAAGGUUUCCCUGCGAAACAUUGCCCUAUGCCAAGAUAAUCAGUGGUGUUAAUGUUGUGGCUGAUCGGUGUAUAUAUAUAUAUAUAUAUAAAACUUUUCCCUCCUAAUUUUCUGUCGUAAAAGAAUACUUUGACAUUUUGAGAAAUAAUCUGAGAUGGUUGGUAGCACUGCCAUGUCUGGAUGCUAUCUAUGAAGCUAUAGACUCUUAGCUUUCAGCCACAGAUUCCCUCUGGAAAACUGCAGCUUCAGUUUUUUUUACUCUUCAGUUUUUGUCCAUAUUGAAGAAAGUAGAUAUAUCAUGUAAAUUUGUGAGCUUCAGAGGUGCAACUUUUUAGACAACAAAAACUUUCCUCCAUCUGCCAGUCAUUGUGUUAAGCUAAGCUAACCUAGUUGUAAAUGCAGCUAGUUAGGUAGCAGAACUCCGUCUCAAGCAAACAACGCCAGAGAAUGUAAAACUCAGAAUUUUACAUGCAUUUUGUUCAUUUUAAAUUCACACUAAAAAUGACAAGUGAAGAAGUUGCACGUCUGUUAGCUGAGAUAUUUCAGAACAAUUUGUUGGACAGCAAUUGCGACUUUAUAGAUUGUUGUCCUGGAGCUAGUCUUACAUAUACCCCCUAAUAUUAAAAUAGGUGGUUUUGCACUUUUACUCAGUAGCUGUGUUUCCCUAGAAUGGCAAAAUUCUAAGAAAAUCAAAUUAGCUGAUUUAGCAAAAGUAGUUUUUACAUGUUUGACUUUUCUAAAAUUCUAAUUACAGAUUUCCAAAUGAAAAACUCCUGUGGUUGAACAAGUUUUGCUAGUUUUGUGCUUCUGUCUACUCAGUUGGUUAUGGCCUUAUUUAAUGUAGCAUUUAACAGCGUCAAUGCAGCUUCGUUUAUUCGCAUAUUCUAUUUUUUCCUUUUUUCAAUUUCAAAAGUUUGCUUCAAAUUUGCUCGACAAUUACAUGGAAACAAAGCUAGUGAGCGAUAGAAGCACUGCUUGGUGGAUUUUGUAACUUUCCUUUUAUGCUAAGCUAUGCUAACUGUCUUCAAGCUGCAGUUUAUUACUUCACAAACUCGUCUCCAUAACUCUCUGUAAAACGGUUUUCCAAAAUGCCAAACGAUUUCUUUUAUUCAGGCUGAAUCUUGAAGAGGUUUUGACUCUACUAUCUUCAUCCAAAAGGCCCCAGUGCUCAUGUGAGAAUGUUUUUUCUGGCCGGCCUUUCUACCAGUUUAUACAGCUGAUGCUAAUACGCCUCCCCCCUUGUGUCUUUAACCAGCUCCACAUAGUUUGGUUUCCCAGGGCUCAGUAUUAUUCACCACCACACCACCACGUGUUUAUCAUCUCCUGACCAUUCCUUUCACUAAACAAAUCAAUUUAUACCUGAACUAUAAAACAAAGUGUAUGUAUAAAUGAAACGAUGAUGAUUUGGAUGAUGGCAACCAUUUUCUAUCUUCCUCUCUAUAGAUAAACGUAUGUAUUUCCUGUAACUAGACCUGGAUAGUAAACUGUAUAUUCACUUCGGCUUCAUUGGCGUUCUCUGGGUAGGUGAACACUGUAGGUUUCGUCAUGUUGUGAUCUCCAAAUAGAUUUUUAAAAAAAAAGACUGGUACUGUGCUUUUUUUCCACAAACAUCCCACUCUUUUGGAAUUGUACAUUUGUUUUUGUUUUUUACUGAGAUAUCUGUGCUUUUCUUUUCCCGGUUUUUUAUUUCCUGUCUUGAAUGCUGGUUCUAUCUUGUUGAGGCUUUUGAGACUGUCGACUUGGGCCUUUGGUUGUCUCAACUUUUUUGCAGUAUAACUGUGAUUUGAAAAACGUGGAGCUCAGUGCUGCUAAUGCUUACUACUACUUCAGAGUUUGUAGUUCCAACCCUCAGUUUUUUUCUGUACUAAUGAGCAAAUCUUAUUAAACGUAGUUGUAUGA